GCAAACGGUAGCACUAUUAAGCGGUUUGUAGUCGGGGGAGGAAUUGAAACUUAGCAAACAAAUCGAAAUAAACACGGAGUGCGACGUUAGCUCUGAGUCCAAAGCGCUUUUGUGAAAGUAUUUUCCCGUUCUGCAAAACCUGCAAUUUCCGCAAUGGCUGCGCACUUUUUUCGCACUGCAUUUUACGCAACGGCGGCGAGAAAAUCGAUGAGCCUUCCAUUCGCCGGACGAACAGCCGCAACAUUAGCCGUGGGCCUUUCCUUUGGUGCACAAAAUAGCCGGGGAGCCGUGCCAUAUGAAAAUGUCUACGCGGACAGCUUUUUCGGGGGCUGCCAAACGCAGGGAUUACUCAAGGUUCCCCAGAUCCAACCCAUCCAGACUCCGCUGUUCCGGAACUUCUCGAGCCUCCAAACUGGCCAUCAUCAUCAACAGCAGCCGCUGGUCCCAGAUAGCGCCAUGUCCCCAUCGAAGAAUCGUCGGAACUUAUCCUCGCAGGAUAUUACCAAGAACAUGACUCUGUACACCAAUAACAAGACUCAUGUCGAGGUGGAUCCCAAGACGCUGGCCUUCAAGAAGCCAACUGGCAACCCAUUGGUCCUCAUGAUGGCCUGGCUGAUGGCCAAGCAGAAGCACUUGAAGAAGUACGCCCAAAUUUACACGGAAAUGGGAUUUGAUGUGGUGGUGGUGCACAUUACGCCCUGGCAAUUGCUCUGGCCGGUCAAGGGAACACAGGUGGUGGCCGCCGAGACUCUACGCUUUCUGGAGAACAACAAGUCGUAUGAGCCGAUUGUAAUGCACGGUUUCUCCGUGGGCGCUUACCAAUUGGGCGAGAUCAUGCUGCAGAUGUCGCGCGAUAUGGACCGCUAUGGCAGCAUCUUGGAUCGUUUUGUGUGCCAGGUGUGGGACAGUGCCGCCGACAUCACCGAAAUCCCAGUGGGUGUGCCCAAAUCGAUUUUUCCCCGGAAUGAGCGCAUGCAGACCGCCCUGCGCAACUAUACGCUGUAUCACAUGAAGACAUUCCACAACCAGGCCACCAUCCACUACAUGCGCUCCAGCCAGAUGUUCCACUCCACACUGCUCAAGGCCCCGGCGUUGUUCUUCGUUUCCGAAAACGAUCCCAUCGGUCCACCAUCCUCCAAUCACGCCGUACGCGAGGAUUGGGAGCGUGCGGAUAUUAAGGUUACGUUCAAGUGCUGGGAAAAAUCCCAACACGCUGCCCACUUAAUAAAGCAUCGCGAAGAGUAUUUGCAGACGCUGUUCCAUCAUCUGGAGACCUGCGGCGUCUUGGAGGCCAUCGGCGUGCCAAAGCGCGCCAAGUUGUAGGCGCCAGCGGAGCCGGUGACGAAUUCGGUGAUAUACAUUUAUUCAAGAAUCAACCCGAUUAUGAUUUUAUCCUAGCUGCUAAGACCUAAAUUUUAACGAGAAAAGUAAAACCAAUGUCCUCUUUGAAUGAU